UGACACAAAUUUGGGGCCUUUGCCCGAGUGCGGAACGCGUGUUCCCCUUCACUCGCCGCCACAUAUCUAAAUUUCUUUUACCCCCUCUCUGCCCCUUCUGAUUCCAAACUUCAAUACGAAUCCGAAAAUGACGUCGUUUUCGUGCUUCCCAGCCAUUUCACCACCUCCCUCUCUGCUCAGGAGACCUUCCUUUCGAACUCGUUCCGUCUUGCCUUUCCGGAACCGGUUUUGCAGGUUUGGUGUAAAAUGCAGUUCCGCGGAAGCUGGUGUAGUAGACGAAUCUGAAUCUGCUACGAUAGAUGUAGUUGCCGAUGUUAAGCCUGAACGAGUUGUGGUGUUAGGAGGCAGUGGUUUUGUUGGUUCUGCAAUUUGUAAGGCUGCAGUUUCCAAGGGCAUUGAAGUUACAAGCCUUAGCAGGUCAGGGCGUCCUCGUUAUACGGGUUCAUGGAUAGAACAAGUCAAUUGGAUAUCAGGAGAUGUUUUCUAUGCAAAUUGGAAUGAAGUUCUUGCUGGGGCUACUGCAGUGGUUUCAACCCUUGGAGGUUUUGGCAGUGAGGAACAGAUGCUAAGGAUUAAUGGCGAGGCUAAUGUUGUAGCUGUUGGUGCUGCACAGGAGAAUGGAAUUCCCAAGUUUAUCUUGAUCUCUGUGCAUGAUUACAAUUUGCCACCAUUUUUACUUUCGUCAGGAUAUUUCACGGGAAAGAGGAAAGCGGAGUCAGAGGUUCUUUCCAAAUAUCCAUACUCUGGUGUGGUUUUAAGACCCGGUUUUAUAUAUGGGAAAAGAAAGGUAGAUGGUUUUGAGAUCCCUCUGGAUUUGAUUGGGGAACCAUUGGAGAGAAUUCUUAGUGCGAUAGAAAAUUUUACCAAACCAUUGAGUUCUCUGCCUGCAGCUGAUUUGCUCUUGGCUCCACCAGUGAAUGUCGAUGAUGUAGCACUUGCAGUAAUAAAUGCAGUUACAGAUGAUGAUGUCUUUGGCGUUUUCACAAUUGAACAAAUUAAGGAAUUUGCAUCAAAGGUGAAAGUAUGAAUACAAUUUUUCCCUUUCUAUACUUGACUAGUAGCCAUACAUUAAAGGCAGGCUGAGGAACAAUGGCAGCUGAUCUGCAAUCCCUUGUAUUUGAACGGUUUCACUCUAGGUCUACUGAAAUAUAGUAAAGUUGUUACUAAAAA